AUGUUUUCCAGACGUAAUCGUCGUAGUGUUCACGGUACCGCCUAUACGGGAGUAAAUCAUCAAGCCCCGCCAUCUAGUCAACCCAAUUCUGGAGCUUUGGCUGCUGCAUUGACUAUCGGGCAAAAUAUUAAAAAUGGUGGGAAUGGUACUAUUUCAAGGAGUCCAAGUAUCACUCCCGUACAAAGAAAUAGUUCCAUUCAAAGGUCAAGUUCUAUUCAACGUCCUAUCCAACAUUCUGGGUCCAUCCAACAUCUUGGUCCACCCAUUAAGUCCAAUUCCCUUUUGAAAAGGUCACCUUCGGUACAAAAUGUCCGUCCUAAUUCAGCACAUUAUCCUUCAUCACCUGCCAAAUCCAACAAUUCCAAUUUCCAUAGCUUUGAUGAUAGUUUGGGCGACAUUUCUGAAGAUUAUGAUAACCAUGACACCGUCAGGGACUUGAAAUUGUCUCAUAAGGAGGUGAAAAUGGUGAAAAAAUACAUUCCUACGCCUAAUGGGAUCAAAAUUAUCGAAGUUCCCGAAUCCAACGUGCAAAAGGAGAUAUCUAGGAACAAUUCUAUCCGUUCAGGGUUAAAUAUUCCUCGUUCUAGCUCCAUCAAUUCGUUAUCUAAGACCGCCAAACGGAAACCUUCACUGAGAUUAUCCAGUAUAAUCAAAUCCCCACCUUUGACUGAAGUUCCCGAGUUCGAAUCCGCUGCUCGUAAAAGCAAAGCAACCUCACCCGAACAAAUGGAAUUGAAUGCUUUACAGAACAAGAUAAAGGAAGAGAAGGAGAUGAGUGAACAGUUGGAAUUGAAGAGAUUGGAAUAUGAACAAUUGAGGGAGAAGAGAUUAGCUGAAGAGAAUAAAUUGGCCCAGAUGAUGAAUGGGGGUGGCAGUGAUCCUACCACUGCUACUGAAGGCGAUGCCCCUGAUGUCUCCGUACCCACAAUUCACUACGAAACUUCUUCACCAACUAUCAAUGAAGCUGUCGACCACAAGAACAUCGAUGCUCCCAUUCUUAAUGAUGUCAGCACACUUGAAACUGAAGGUGACCAGUUCAUCUCCCCAGUAGCUUCCAACACCAAGGAUAACGAAUCCCAAACCUCAGACUAUCCUUCCAUCGACCAAUCUUCCAAUAUCGAGAAGAAUCUCGAUGAUGACUUUACCCUGGAACUCGGCCUGGAUGUCGAAGUUCCUGUUGUUAACCCUAAGAACGUUUUGGUCGACGAACUUGAAAGCGACAUAGAGCCAGAACCAACCUUCGACACUUCUAAGCUCAAAGUUGAUGAGGUUGACAUCAAACAGUCGUACGAUGAUACUUUAAUCAAUGAUUCUCAGAUCGAUAACACUGCUAUUGAGAACACUUUAACUCAUGAUAAUCAUGGAGGUUAUCAGUACGAUACUUCCGUUGAUGAAGUCAGUGUAACCAACGGUGCCAACUUCAACGACGCAGCUAAUGAUUUCGGUAUUGAAGAAGUUGCUGUUAGUGCUGAGAACACUCCUAAGGACAAAGAACCACAUCCUACUUUCGACGACAUUCCAAGUAUUAUCACUGAUCAAGUAGACCAUCCUGUUCCUGAAGCAGCUGAUGAUGUGUUGGUGAUGGAAGAUGAAGCAAAUAACGAGUUAAAGGCUCCUACCAUGCUUAACGAGGGAUCCUCUACAUCAUCCAUUAGUUCUGACGCUUCUCCUAGUAGAACAGCUAAGAAACCAAUGAAGUCAGCCAUGAAGAAUUCCACUUCCUUCUACAACAACAACAAUGUCUCCAACCUGUCCAGUAAUGCUGCAAGAGAUGUCUACAUCUCCUUGACCACCGCUGAAAACACAAGAUUGAACUCCAAAUUAUCAUCAAGUCAAUUGAUAGAUCAAUCUGCUUAUGGUCAAAGUCGUUAUCCUACAGCUCCUUCCACCAAGAGAAUGUCUACUACCUUAAGGAAAGCCCCACCACCAACUAAUGGUAUGGCUAAAACCUUAAGACCUCAAUCUUAUGCUGAACCACCAAGAGACCAGCCAAGAGACCAACCAAGAAUGGACCACCAAAGAGACCACCAAAGAGACCAACCAAGAAUGGAUAAUGGUAGAAAUCAAAACGGUUUCUCUCGUCCUAUGUCACAAAUGGAACCCGAAGUUAAACCUCGUAUGAGUAACAGAUCCUUACGUGACAGAUCCUCAGUGUAUGUUCAACCAAUGAGUGCUCACCCAGCUUUGGAUCCAAACUAUCAAUCUCCUUCAAAAUUGAAGGCAGCUGAGUUGUAUGCAAAGGCAAAGAAAAGACCAGUAUCGACGUUUAACUUACAGAGGAAAUCAUCAUUCUCUAACGAACAUUCUACUCCAUCUGAUGGGAAAGUUAUGCAAAGGACAACUUUGAGAGACCCUCAACCGUCAGGUCACCCUUCAGGCCACCAUCCAAGUCAUGCAAGCCAUCCGGGCCACCACACGAGCCAUCCAAAUCACCCAACUCAAGCCCAAUAUUCAUCCCUUGAUCCUCAUACUCAACCCCAGCCAAAAGUCACCACUCCAACAAAGUCAAGGUUUGCUGAUUCCGACGAUGAAGGACCUAUCUUCUCCCCUGAUAGUGCUUUCUCUUCAAGAAUUGCUGAUUCUGAUGAUAACAAUUCCACUGCUCCUCCACCUUCGGUAAACAAGUAUCAAGACCCAAUACUUACCUUGCGUUCUCAUCCUAACAAGAAGCAAGGCAAGCCAGCACCAAAAGAGAAGGAGAAGAAAAAGAUUGGUGGAAGAUUGAAGAAGUUAUUUGGAAGGUCAUAG